GCAACCGCGCCUUCACCUGCAUCUCGACCGCGACUCACUUUCGCUGCGACCACUUUCAUCACCUUGCUCUCGAAGCUCCGACUCCCGUCUAAACUCAACCCACAAUCAUCAAUCUUAACCCGACUCGGUUUUCACAGCCACCCACAUCCACACGACAUCAUCAUAUAAUCACACAACACAGACAAACACCAUGUCGCAACACCCACGAGGGCGCGAAGAGCGCAUGAUCCACCAAGAUUACAUCGCCAGAAUCAGAUACUCCAAUGCUCUACCACCCCCUCCUAAUCCGCCCAAGCUGCUCAACAUCCCCAGCACGGGCCUGUCGAGCGGCCAAUACACCAAUCCUGGCUUUGCCUCGCGCCUUGCGCGUGAGCAGCCCCUAAACAUCGAGGUCGAUGCCGAGCUCGGUAUGCCUCUAGACCUGGUCGGCAUGCCAGGUGUCUUUGACGGCAACGAGGAUGCCAUCUCUGCACAGAACCCCCCGCCACCUAUUCACCCACACGAUCGUCUUCUCCUCAGACCACUCAACACACUCGGCAAGCCUAAGAUCGGCACCGAGUCGGUAUCUUUCCUCCGCCGCACCGAAUAUAUCGCUUCCGUACAAGUCAAGAGGGACAAUGUCUUCCUCAACAACCGCUCUUCCAAUAGCUCCAACAAGGACAACGCCCUUAAGCGACCUCAGAAACGCAAGGCCUCUCCCGAGCCCGACAAGGGCACUCCCGCCUGGAUCCGUCGCCGUAUUGAGAAGAGCUUUGAUAUUGCCGCAGCCAAUCUGGCCGACAAGACCAAGGUCAGGCAUCCGACCAAGCGCAACGUCAAAUGCAUCGAUGCUUUCCCUCUACUCCCCGACACCACGGCAUUCCCCGACUCUGGUGCUUACGUGACGGUCAAGUUCACCACCAACCCCGUUAACUCGAGCGACAAGUAUGAUCCUCGCAUACUUGCGGGCAUCUUGAAGCCCAUUGAGCGGAGUGAAGCCGAAGAACAAGCCUUCCAGCUGGCGCAAGAGCUACACAAUGAAGACCCACAGAACCAUCCUGCCCCUAGUUCCAUGAUGAACUACAACCUAUUUCUUCCCUCGGAUGCCAAGGAAAGUAAUCUUUUCCGCGCGAGAUUCGACGUCGACAACCCGGACCGCGACUCUGAAGGUCUAUACCCACACAAGGACGGCAAGGGCCCGCACUUUGUGUUCCCCCGCCUGCGCCCCUACGAGACCUCGGCCGAGACCGAGUACGAUCACGACACGAAAUACAAUGGCGAAGUUAUCUUGGCGUUCCGCGACGACGUGGGAGAGGGCGACAGCACCACCGAUCAGAGGGGCAUGUACUACUAUCCCAUUAUGCAGCGCAGCACCCUCCGGAAUCAGCGCACUCGCAACAUUGCACAAAAGAUAGCCGACGACAGCGAGAGGUUCCCUGACGAGUUGCACGUAACAAUCGAUGAGCCGCAUGAGGGCCUCAAGGCUGAUAUCAAGCAAUUCGAGCUUAACCCGAUCGGAUACUCUGGUGUCAGCGAGGAGUACCAGGAGGAGCAGACGGAGCAGCAGGGGCAAGCGGAGCGUCAUGAUGAGGAGGAGGAGGAGGAGGAUAGGCGACGUGAGAGAGAUGCUUCUGAGAAGGCGGAUAGUCCCCGCCGCCACACGGAUGACGAGGACGACUACUAGACAUGAACCACCAAAAACGUCAGUGAAGAGGAGAGCCCGGUGGAUGAAAAAGGAUGUCGUGAAGGAAGAGGCUGUCGUGAGAAAAGCGCUCACUCUAAAAGGCUCCUCUGAAGGAUUUGUAAGAAAAGAGUUCAGUUUAGAAACAGAUGAGAGCUCUCCGUGCCGUGGGCGGCGUAACCCUCAACGUCAUUUUUGAAGGGAAGGUAUUGUGGAAAGCGGCUUGUAGUUAACCCAGCAUUAUUACUGCAAAGGUCGCAAGGAAGGAGCAGCACAUGCUUACAUUGACUGGAACACAAUAAUAGUGUCAGACGUGAUAAAAAGAGGACAGGGUACCUAGCAUCAGUGGUACGGAAUAAAAUGAAUUGGGUAUCUUUCAGUCUCCCUAUUUCCAACCCCUCCU